AUGAGCCUCACGCUCCCCGGCGAGGCGAAUCAGAAAGAGGGGCUGGCCGUGACCGCCCUACGGGAGCUGAAGGUGCUGCAGAAGCUUAGGCACAAGAACGUGGUGGCUUUGAAGGAGGUAGUGACCGAGCACGGCCGGUCGCACAUCCCGCACGAGGUGUACCUGGUCCUCGAGUACUGCGAGUCCGACCUGGCGGGCAUCGUCAGGACGUGCUCUCUCCUCGGCGUGCACAUCCGCAGCUACACCUACCAGAUCCUGGCGGGGCUCGCCUACAUCCAGCGGCACGGUCUCCUGCACCGGGACUUGAAGACUGCCAACAUUCUGGUGACUCGCAACCACCUGGUCAAGAUCGCGGACUGGGGCCUCUGCCGGUGGGAGCCGGAGCGGGAACGUGCCCGCCUGACGAAUCCAGUGGUCACCCUGUGGUACCGGGCGCCGGAGCUCUUGCUUGGGACGGCGAAGUACGGCAAGGCGGUGGACAUGUGGUCGUGUGGGGCCAUAUUUGUUGAGCUCUUGACGGGUAAGCCUUUCGUAGAGGGCCGCGAUGAGCUGGACCAGCUGGCCAGAGUCUUCGACGUCUGUGGCACGCCCGCCUACGACGGGCAGUACACGGGUCCCCGCUUCGUGCGUCGCACUCCUCGCUUAGCGGAGGAGCUGCGUCGGCGGGGUGUGCGGGACGAGAAAGCCAUCGCUCUUGCCGAGCAGCUUUUGGCUGUGGAGCCUAAAAAGAGGCCUUCGGCGGACGCGGCGGCUGACGAUGACUACUUCUGGAGCCCCGACGAGGCGGGCAAUUUCCACGCUCCAAGCGAUGACCCGGCCUCGCUGCCACGCCUGGUGUCCUUCCGCUCCGGCGUAGACAUGGAUGACCUGCACGAAUGGAACGUGAAGCGGAGAUGA